AUGUUUUCUUCUGCUGUUCGAGCUCUUUGCCGCACGGUUCCUACUGUUGCCACCCGCCAGUUGAGCACAUCUCGUGCUCUUUUGUCACUUCGUCCACUUGGACCAAAAAAUACUGUCCCAGCUUUCAAAGGAACUGCUGUCGUUGAUGGAGACUUCAAGGUGAUUUCUGAUCAAGACUACAAAGGAAAAUGGCUCGUCAUGUUCUUCUAUCCACUUGACUUCACCUUUGUAUGCCCAACUGAAAUCAUCGCAUACGGAGAUCGUGCAAACGAGUUCCGUUCUCUUGGAGCUGAAGUUGUCGCGUGCUCGUGUGAUUCUCACUUCUCUCACUUGGCCUGGGUUAACACUCCACGCAAGGACGGAGGACUCGGUGAUAUGGACAUCCCUUUGCUCGCUGAUUUCAACAAGAAGAUCGCCGACUCGUUCGGUGUGCUCGACAAGGAAUCCGGACUCUCAUACCGUGGACUUUUCCUCAUUGAUCCAUCUGGAACUGUCCGUCACACUACUUGUAACGAUCUUCCAGUUGGAAGAUCUGUUGAUGAGACUUUGAGAGUGCUCAAGGCAUUCCAAUUCUCUGAUAAGCACGGAGAGGUUUGCCCAGCUGAUUGGCAUGAGGAUUCUCCAACCAUCAAGCCAGGAGUCGCUACCAGCAAGGAAUACUUCAACAAGGUCAACAAGUGAUCACACAGAAACAGAACAAUUAUUUUUAUUCUUUGUAUUUAUCAUAUUGAUGAUUUAGUUUGUCGGUUUAAAUAAAUAGGUGUCAUUCA